UGCGGGGCGCGGGGCUGGAGAGCGAAAGCCAGAGAGAGAGCGGGCGAGCGAGAGAGCGCGGCGCCGGCUCCGGGCAGAAGGAAGGCGGCGGCCCCUCUGGAGAAGGAGGUGGAGGGGAAAGAGGAGCAGCGGGGCCGGCGGCAGGCAGCGGCGGCGACGGGCCGGGGUGAUGGUGCAGGCACCCCGGGCCAGCGCGGGGCUGCCGGGCUGAGGGCGCCCGUCCGGGUCCGCAGCGCCGCCGCGUCGUUCGCGGCGCCGGGCGAGCGGGCGGGAAGAUGCUGAGCAGGCUGAUGAGCGGCAGCAGCAGGAGCCUGGAGCGGGAGUACAGCUGCACCGUGCGGCUGCUGGACGACAGCGAGUACACCUGCACCAUCCAGAGAGAUGCCAAGGGCCAGUAUCUGUUUGACCUUCUCUGCCACCACCUGAACCUACUUGAGAAAGACUACUUUGGCAUACGCUUCGUGGAUCCAGAUAAGCAGCGGCAUUGGCUGGAGUUUACGAAGUCUGUGGUGAAGCAACUAAGAUCACAGCCUCCAUUCACCAUGUGCUUUCGUGUGAAAUUUUACCCGGUGGACCCUGCUGCACUGAAAGAAGAAAUCACCAGGUAUUUAGUCUUCCUGCAGAUCAAAAGGGAUCUCUACCAUGGCCGCCUCCUCUGUAAAACGUCUGAUGCUGCCUUGUUAGCAGCUUAUAUCCUUCAAGCGGAGAUUGGAGACUAUGACCCAGGGAAACACCCUGAAGGCUACAGCUCCAAGUUCCAGUUUUUUCCUAAACAUUCAGAGAAGCUGGAAAGGAAAAUUGCUGAGAUCCACAAGACAGAACUCAGUGGUCAAACACCAGCAACAUCAGAGCUGAACUUCUUGAGAAAAGCACAGACACUGGAGACCUACGGGGUGGAUCCUCACCCCUGUAAGGAUGUGUCAGGAAAUGCUGCAUUUCUGGCCUUCACUCCUUUUGGGUUCGUCGUUCUUCAAGGAAACAAGAGGGUCCAUUUCAUUAAAUGUAUCCUGUUUGCCUCUUUUACUGCAGCCAUUCACUGGGCUGGUGGCUUCAAGGAUUUUUCUACAAUAACCCCUAAGCCCCUUUCCUGGAAUGAGGUGACCAAGCUGAAAUUUGAAGGAAAGACUUUCUAUUUAUAUGUAAGUCAGAAAGAGGAAAAGAAAAUUAUUCUCACAUAUUUUGCUCCAACUCCAGAAGCCUGCAAGCACCUCUGGAAAUGCGGAAUCGAGAACCAAGCCUUCUACAAGCUGGAGAAAUCAAGCCAGGUCCGCACAGUGUCCAGCAGCAAUUUAUUCUUUAAAGGAAGCCGGUUCCGAUACAGUGGCCGAGUUGCAAAGGAAGUAAUGGAAUCAAGUGCCAAGAUCAAACGAGAGCCACCAGAAAUACACAGGGCAGGGAUGGUUCCCAGCCGGAGCUGCCCCUCCAUCACCCACGGUCCUCGGCUGAGCAGUGUCCCCAGGACCCGCAGGAGAGCUGUGCACAUCUCCAUCAUGGAAGGUCUUGAGUCCCUACGAGACAGUGCCCAUUCUACCCCAGUGCGGUCAUCUUCCCACGGGGACACCUUCCUGCCUCACGUGAGGAGCAGCCGGGCAGACAGCAACGAUCGAGUAGCUGUGAUUUCAGAUGAGGCCUACAGCCCUGCGGACAGCGUGCUGCCCACGCCCGUGGCCGAGAACAGCCUGGAGCUGAUGCUGCUCUCCCGGCAGAUCAAUGGAGCCACCUGUAGCAUCGAGGAGGAGAAGGAGUCUGAAAGCAGCACCCCAACUGCGGCAGAGGCGGAGGCGCUGGGAGGAGAGCUGAGGGCCCUGUGUCAGGGGCAUGGCAGGCCAGAACAGGAACAGAGUGGGCAUCUGAAGGGACCACCGCCAAGCCAGCAGCAGCAGGGGUAGGGUAAGUCUGUCCCCUUAGACUAGAGCCUAGUGGGCCUCACCAUGUCAUGAAUGAGACUUCUGUGAUGUUCCCUGAAGACCUGAAAGAGUUGCAGGGCAGGAAAUGAACUCAGUGGUGCCAGAGAGGGUGCGUCAGCAGUGUGGUACCAAGUAGUUACCCGACGCCAGAGCUAAGCAACUUGAGAAUGCGGGGUUGCAGAGCAGUGCUUACUUUGUAUACAAUGUGCCCCCAACAAAAGACCAUCUCAGCUCAUAUUUUAACAGCACAGUGUAAUUUUACCUCUUCAGAUUUUGUUUUUACUUUAUGGAUUAAGAUAAUAGAGCCUGAUGAACUAAAUAAUGCAAGAAACUGAUCCUGAGACUGGAAAGCGUCAGAAAAUAGGAUUCCAAGAUCAACAUACAGCCUUGGAAGGGACCAAGAAAAGAAUCUCUAAAUAGGAUUUCUAAGAUAUGCUACAAUAGACAGGUGACUUGGCAGAGAGGAAUACUUAGAUGUAGAAAUGCUGCCCCCUAGGGUCACCCUCUGGGAAGUUAAGUUCUAGGAUGGCACCUGCCAUGCUAGCUGAGGGAAGACUGCCUGGGAGUUCAGAGGCACAGGGACAUCAGGGGCGGGUGGGACACGAGCUCCCUUGGCCUGAGCUCUGCAGCACUUAAAACCAGUCACACACAAGGUCUUGUUUUCAUCUCAGGGAGAGACUUCUAUGUCAUCCGAGCCUAAGGACUUUUUAAAGGAUGGUUAGUGGACACUUGAGACCCACAGGGCAGCAAAGCAGCUGACAACACUAUGCUGAUGGACAGAAUGCAUCACCUGUACAUCUAAUUUCCCUUAAUUUGUUCCCCAAGUUGGCAGAACCAUGUCCAUGUCCAGAAUAUAGCAGCCAUGGACAAAUAAGGCAGAAGGGGAUCAGUUUAAAGGAAGUAGAGUUACCCUUUUCAUCUAGAGGUCAGUAAACUUCCCCUGAAAAGUUCCAGAUAAUAAAUAUUCUGGUUUUGUGGGCUAUACUGUUACUACUCAGUUCUGCCACCAUAGCACAAAAACAGCCAUAGGUAAAGCGUACAAGAAAAGAGCAUGGCUGUGUUCAAAUAAAGCUUGAUAAAAAUAGAAGUAGGCCAAAUUUGGCCCAAAGGCUAUAAUAAGCCAACCCUGAUGAAGACAAUAAAACUGACCAUGUGUUAGCAGAAGAGGGUCACCUCUGCUCCAUUUCUGGCACGUGUUAAAGACCCAGGAUGUUUCCCAGUGGAGGCGCUGCAGCUGCUUGUUUAUAGGGUGCUCUAACAACCAACCAGCAAAGAUGCCAGCAGCCAAGAUAAGCCAGACCAGGUACUGGAACACUAAAAUGUGGCAAACCUAAGAAUGGAGGUGAGCCUCUCUGAUCAUUCCCAUGCCACCAACAAUUUGGGCAGAAUCACAAACAUCUAUUUACCAAGUGACAAGAGAAAUCAAGCAAGAUCCUAGUAAAGAUUAGGGAUCCCUUAAAACCAAAUAGCCACUGCCACUUGUCAUCUACAUAGCAGAGGCUUUAUUUAGCACAGGAUUAAAGUGAAAAAUAAACUCAGCGAUGAAAAAGCUGUCAGGAGACCGGGGCUGGUGUCAACAUGGAUCUCUACCGUCUUAUGCAACAUAGCAGGCGACCUUCUAGUGUAGUGCUCCUACCUCAGUCUGUAGAACACAGUCUCUCUGCAGUGAGUGAUAGCCGCACCUCGAUUCUUGCCUAUCCACAUAGGAGAGACACACAUCCCUGCCUGUGUGCUUCUCCUAUCCAGAGUUCCUACAGUACAGUAGUCCAUGCCACUCCAGCAGCCCAACAGAAACGUUUGGGUCAUUUGUUUUUUCUAGGGCUUGUUCAGAAAACGUGGAUAGAAAAACUUCAGUUUGUUUUUCAAAUAGUGCUUGAAUAACAAACCUUUGUUGACAACUAGUCUUUUUGGUAUCUCCUCACCAUUAAAAGUUGUUCAAGUUUUUAAUCUGUUUUACUAUGUUUUACUGUCUCUGUUUCCUCUCAAAAUUAGUUCUAGCUCACUGUAGAAAAAGCAGUGGUUUCUGUCUUGUCCUUUAUCAGAGGAAAUAACUCUCACUGAAGAAUAAUAUACCACAUCUUGAAGCAGUAGAAGGUAAACUAACGCAAAUGUGAAUUUCUUAGUUUCAUUUGCAAAUACAUAAUUGUUAUAUUUCGUGUGCCAAAAACUCUUUAAGUUACAUUUUCCUUCAAAGCAAUGUACUUUUUUUCUACACAUGCAGUAUGUAGUUAGCAUAAAAUCAUUGGUGCCAUGAAGAUUAUUUUUAAAUUUAAAUAAACAUUUAAAUACCAA